CCGCGCCGCCGCGCCCGCCGCAGCGCCUGCCGCCGCGGGAGGAGGAGGAGGAGGAGGAGGAGGAGGAGGAGGGAGAAGAUGGCGGACGAUCCCAGCGCUGCCGACCGCAACGUGGAGAUCUGGAAGAUCAAGAAGCUCAUCAAGAGCCUGGAGGCGGCCCGUGGCAAUGGCACCAGCAUGAUCUCGUUGAUCAUUCCCCCCAAAGACCAGAUCUCGCGAGUGGCAAAAAUGUUAGCGGACGAGUUUGGCACUGCCUCCAACAUAAAGUCCAGAGUGAAUCGCCUUUCAGUGCUGGGAGCCAUCACAUCUGUACAGCAAAGACUGAAACUCUAUAACAAAGUACCUCCAAAUGGUCUGGUUGUUUACUGUGGAACAAUUGUGACAGAAGAAGGAAAAGAGAAGAAAGUCAACAUUGACUUUGAACCUUUCAAACCAAUCAAUACGUCGUUGUAUUUGUGUGACAACAAAUUCCACACGGAGGCCCUCACGGCGCUGCUCUCGGAUGACAGCAAGUUUGGCUUCAUUGUGAUAGACGGGAGCGGGGCCCUGUUCGGAACGCUGCAGGGGAACACGCGGGAGGUGCUGCACAAGUUCACUGUGGAUCUUCCAAAGAAGCACGGCAGAGGAGGUCAGUCUGCCCUGCGCUUCGCCCGCCUGCGCAUGGAGAAGAGGCACAACUACGUGCGCAAGGUGGCCGAGACGGCCGUGCAGCUCUUCAUCUCCGGGGACAAGGUCAACGUGGCCGGGCUCGUCCUCGCUGGCUCGGCCGACUUCAAAACUGAGCUCAGUCAGUCUGACAUGUUUGAUCAGCGGUUGCAAUCCAAAGUGCUCAAACUAGUUGAUAUUUCAUAUGGAGGAGAAAAUGGCUUCAAUCAAGCAAUUGAGUUGUCAACUGAGGUCCUCUCUAAUGUGAAAUUCAUCCAAGAGAAAAAGCUAAUAGGACGAUACUUCGAUGAGAUCAGCCAGGACACGGGGAAGUACUGCUUUGGUGUGGAAGAUACACUAAAGGCUCUGGAAAUGGGAGCAGUAGAGAUCCUGAUAGUCUAUGAGAACCUGGAUAUCAUGAGAUACGUCCUGCACUGCCAAGGCACGGAGGAAGAGAAGAUCCUGUAUUUGACACCAGAGCAAGAGAAGGAUAAAUCCCACUUCACAGACAAGGAGACUGGGCAGGAACAUGAACUCAUAGAAAGUAUGCCCCUACUGGAGUGGUUUGCAAACAACUACAAGAAAUUUGGAGCAACAUUGGAAAUUGUUACAGACAAAUCACAAGAAGGAUCCCAAUUUGUGAAAGGAUUUGGAGGAAUUGGAGGUAUCUUGCGGUACCGGGUGGACUUCCAGGGCAUGGAAUACCAAGGAGGAGACGAUGAAUUUUUUGACCUUGAUGACUACUAGGUAGUCGAGCUGGGUCUGGCAACACGUGCCUCGCCCCUCCAGCAUCCAACCCAAGGAGCAAACUCAUGGUGGAAAACUCAACUGAUCCCUGCCUUAGAAUUGGAACAUUUCCAGAACUUGAUCCACGAGCAUUUGGAUUUAAGAAAGCAAAACCCUACACUUUGAUUUGUCAUAGUGUCAGUACAGCAGCAAACUACUAAGUUCCUAUAUGCCACUUUGGACUAAUUUAAAAAGAAUCCCAGUUUUUACUUUUACUCAAUGGUGAAAUUGGUUGCUCUUGUAUUUUAUGGAAAUGAUUUUUUUAACCUUCAUGAUACAUUAACUGCUGUAAACCUCUUCCUUCCAAAAUUAAUAGAAGUAAGAUCCUACUGGUUUGUUUCUUUAUACUUUGAUUGGAGAAAUCAAUUGCUGCAUUUGGCAGCGCCAUGACCCAUUUACAUGGCAUUCUCAGCUUAGCCUGCAGAAGAAGUGGAACGAGGUUGGAGCCAUAAUUCUCUUCAAAAGCUUGAGGAGACACUGACCUGAGUGCUAGUUCAUUACAUGUGGCUUGCAAAUUCUGAUGGUUUGGGGAGGCUCACCAGCCGUGCUUUAAUCUAUUUGCAGAACCACUGCUCUUACAAACUAGGAAAUGCACUUCAUGGAUUGCAAUGAAAAUGCUGCUGGAGUCUUGGGCUUAAUUUGGAUUUGAGCAGUGCAGCCUUCAGGAACUUAUUUUUUUUUUUUCAGUCUUGACAAAAAUAAACAUGAGAUUUCAGUGAAGUAAGGUACACUUGGCUUUUUGUUCCUCAGUAAGUUUUUCUUUUUGCUUUAGGACUGCGUAAGGUUUCCUUGAUUAUGUGAAUUUGAGCCCACAGGUCUUAAAUGGAAGUGGGUGUUUGACAGGAAUACUGAGUCAGUGGAGUGAAGGCUGAAUUAGUGCUGGGAGUGUGGAAUAUUUGAUUUUGAUCCGUGGAGCACUGGCACAGCCCUGGGAGCCCAGCCCUGGGAGCCCAGCUCCCAGCAGUGUGUGUCCUGUGGGGAUGUGCCCUUCAGGAGGUAAAGGAUCACCUCUGGAUGGUCCCAGACUGCCCAGGCUUUGUGUCCUGCCUGUUCCAUGGAGUAUCCAUAGAUCAGGGAGCUCAUCCUUGGAGUGUGCCCAGCCUGCUGGUGACACUCUGGGGGUCAGGGGCCGUGCAGGCCAGGGGAGCAGUGGCUCAAGGGCAGCUCCUGUCCCAGGGGAGCAGUGGCACAGCUCAGGUCCUGUCCCAGGGGAGCAGUGGCACAGCUCAGGUCCUGUCCCAGGGGAGCAGUGGCUCAAGGGCAGGUCCUGUCCCAGGGGAGCAGUGGCACAGCUCAGGUCCUGUCCCAGGGGAGCAGUGGCACAGCUCAGGUCCUGUCCCAGGGGAGCAGUGGCUCAAGGGCAGGUCCUGUCCCAGGGGAGCAGUGGCACAGCUCAUGUCCUGUGCCAGGGGAGCAGUGGCACAGCAGAGCUCAGGUCCUGUCCCAGGGGAGCUGUGGCAGAGCUCAGGCCCUGUCCCAGGGGAGCAGUGGCACAGCUCAGGCCCUGUCCCAGGGGGGCAGUGGCACAGCUCAGGCCCUGUCCCAGGGGAGCAGUGGCACAGCUCAGGCCCUGUCCCAGGGGAGCAGUGGCACAGCUCAGCUCCUGUCCCAGGGGAGCAGUGGCACAGCUCAGCUCCUGUCCCAGGGGAGCAGUGGCACAGCUCAGGUCCUGUCCCAGGGGAGCAGUGGCACAGCUCAGGCCCUGUCCCAGGGGAGCAGUGGCACAGCUCAGGCCCUGCUCCCUCCCUGGGAGCUCUCCCAGCUUUGCUCCCGGUGCUUCCCUCAGGAGCAGCUCCUGUUCCAGCUGCAAACCUUUGCCUCUUGUCCUGGUUCACUUGAACAGAGGGAGCUUCUCUUCAAAUUUCUGCCACACUGUUGUUUGAGGUCCAAAAUUCCUGUCCUUGUGAGCAAUACCAUUUGUCCCCCUGGUCCCUAACCUGGCCGGCGCCUUCGCUGCCGUCCUCACCUCCAAGCUGGAAUCUCCCCCGGGAGAUGGGGCUGGGUCUGCUCAGGGCUGAGCACAGCCCUGGCCCUCACAGCAGUAUGUUCUGGAUUUUGCCAUUGUAAAUGGGUCUAAUGUGACAUGACAAGACCACAAAAAUUGGUUGUAAAUUUACAUUUUUGAAUAUACUGCUUGUUGUUUCACAUGAUACAUUAGGGUAUGCAGCUCCUUUUUGUAGUUUUUAUUUUUACUAUUUAAGUUUGGAAAUGAUGCCAAAUUUUUGUAUUUCUUUAAUCAAUGUGUUCUCUUCAGUGAUAUAUAUUGCAUUAUAUAUUGAUGUGUAUAUCAAUAUAUACUGAUAUGUAUUACACUUACACAUGCAGACACACUCAGUGGGGGUGGGAGAUCCUAGCCUUUGCAUACUAUAUAGCCUCUGCAGAGAGAUCCCAAGCAGUGAUAUCUUGGUGUUGUGAUGUACAGAAAUGGAGAAGAGUAUUAAACCAUAUUUAAGAAUAUA